AUGUCUGAUACUGGCGUUUCUGAAUUCAGACCUCUGUUGGAUCAAAGCGUCGGUUAUGGCGUCGUUGUCGGCGUUGGCUUCUUUUUCGCUGCGCUUAUGCUCGUCUUGACCACUCUACAAGCCAAGUUCUCCAAGUUUUCUCCAUCUUCGUCAGAAGAAUUUUCGAGCGCCUCGAGAAGCGUGAAGCCAGGACUUGUUUGUUGUGGAAUAGUCAGCGCCUGGACGUGGAGUGCAACAUUGUUGCAGUCGAGUACGGCAGCCUACACUUUUGGUGUGAGCGGACCAUGGUGGUAUGGCGUUGGCGGUACCAUUCAACUUGCCUUCUUCGCCAUGGUGGCGGCCAAGGUGAAGAUGAACGCAAACGGGGCGCAUACGUUUCUGGAAAUUGCAAAGACGCGGUUCGGAACGGGUGUCCACCUGUUAUUCACGUUCUACGCGUUCCUCUGUAUCCUCAUUGUCUGCGGCUCUCUCCUCCUUGGCGGGGCCGCGACCGUGAAUGCCUUGACGGGUAUGAACAUUGUGGCAGCAUGUUUCCUGCUCCCGAUUGGAAUUGCCGUUUACGUGAUAUUCGGCGGUCUGCGAGCGACGUUCAUGUGUGACUGGGCGCACACCAUCAUCCUAUUCAUCAUCAUCUACCUGUUUGAAGGCCACGUGUAUGGGACAUCCCAGGAUACAGGAAGCAUCGGAGCGUUGUACGAUCUACUCGUGCAGGCAGGCAUUGACAACCCAGUAGACGGGAAUCAAGGAGGCAGCUAUCUGACAAUGAAGUCAAAUCAAGGAAUGGUGUUCGGAGCAGCCACAAUCUUGUCAGGAUUUGCUGGUGUCUUCUGUGAUCAAGGGUAUUGGCAGCGCGCUAUCGCGAGUGCGCCGGAGUCGACGACAAAAGCAUACAUGCUCGGUGGCUUGUCGUGGUUUGCGGUACCGUGGGCGUUCGCGUCAUGUCUUGGCCUGGCAGCGCGAGCGCUGCAGAACAACCCGAAAUUCCCGACUUAUCCCAAUCCGCUUUCAGCCGAACAGACAAGCGCAGGCCUUGCCGCGCCUGCUGCCGCUGCGGUGGUCAUGGGGAAAGGCGGCGCGAUCGCCAUCUUAUUGGUCGUGUUUAUGGCCGUGACAUCUGCUAUCAGCGCAGAGUUGAUUGGAGUAUCGAGUCUUUUCUCCUAUGACAUCUAUCGCACGUACUUCCGUCCAAAGGCUACCAGUGCAGAGAUCGUUCGCGUCUCUCACUACUUCAUCUGUCUAUGGGCUGUCUGGGCCGUCGUCAUCAAGCUCAACGCGGCGACCAUCGACCUCGGCUGGCUCUUCUACGUACAGGGUGUCAUUCUCAGUCCGGCUGUGAUACCCAUCGCUCUGACGGUGACCUGGUCAAAGCUAUCUCGAGCUGCUGUUUUCAGCGGUGCAAUUAUAGGGGCGAUACUCGGUAUGCUUGCUUGGAUGAUUGGUUGCUGGAAGAUAUACGGGGAGAUCAAUGUUGCAAACCUUGCUGAACCCUACUCGGCCGUUUGCAGUGGACUCACUGGUCUUCUGUUUUCUGGUCUUAUCACUGUGUUAGUCUCCCUUGCUAAACCUGCGAAUUAUGACUUCGUGGGCACGAGAGCCAUUGCCGUGUAUGAAGACAUAGAAAGAGAGAGAUCGAUGUCCAACGACAGUGUGGACGGCGACGUUGUUCCUAAUGAAACACCGUAUGAUGAGAAGAAGGCCGCCGUGGUCGAAGAUGUCAGGCCCGUCGGCGCGGAGCCUCACCAACCACGUCCGGCAGCGAGCGGGGAAGAACUCAAGCAAGUAUUCAAGCGCGCUGCGUGGUAUUCCCUGAUCCUGACCCUCAUUGUCGCCAUCAUCGUGCCUCUGCCAAUGUUCUUCUCCCACUAUAUCUUUAGCAAGGCAUUCUACAAGUUUUGGGUCGCUUGCAUGAUGUGA